CCCCUCUUCAUUUUUUAUCCACUUCAAUCUUAUUGUUAUUUACACAAACACUUUGCGUGCGUAGCGUUGGAUGGCGAGGUACGGCGACGGAGACAAACGGUGGAUCGUGGAGGAGAGACCCGACGGUACUAAUGUUCACAACUGGCAUUGGGCUGAGACUAACUGUUUGGAAUGGUCUAGAACCUUCUUUUCCAACCUUCUUUCCAACCUCACCGUCGUUGACGGCGAGGGCAACCUCUUCAUGAAAACCACCACGCUCCGCAACCUCGACGGCGAGGCUUACAUCAACAUCCGUAAGGGUAAGAUCAUUCCCGGCUACGAGAUCAGCCUCACCCUCGCCUGGGAAGGCGAGGCCAAGGAUUCCGAAGGCAAGUCCUUGCUCAAGGUCGACGGCACCGUCGAAAUCCCCUACAUCUCCGACGAGAACGCCGACGAGGACCCAGACCUCAGGGUCACAGUCAACGACGAGGGACCCGUUGGGAAGAGGCUCAAGGAAGCCAUGCUUUCAAAGGGGAAGCCCUUGAUCCUCGAGAAAGUUAAGGUUUGGGUUCAGAGCAUGGCCGAAGGUGGUCCUGUUAAGGACGAGUUGGAUACCAAGAAGGCCUCGCCGGCGCCGGUACCGGCACCGGCGCCGCAGCAGCAGCAGCAGCAGAAUCAUGUGCCGGUGCAGGUUGCAACUGCAGCGAAAAGGGACGGUUCGUCGGAGAAGAAGGAGAGCAAGAAGGGGCGGAAAAGUAUUAUCUUGACGGAGAGGUUCAAUUGCAGAGCGAGGGAUUUGUAUGAGAUAUUGUUGGAUGAGAACAGGUGGAAGGGUUUUACGCAGAGCAAUGCUAGGAUCAGUAAGGAGGUUGGUGGUGAGUUCAGCAUUUUUGAUGGGUCGGUGACUGGAACUAAUAUGGAGUUGCAAGAAGGUAAAUUGAUUGUGCAGAGAUGGAGGUUUGGAAGCUGGAUCGAUGGGGUUCAGUCUCUGGUGAGGCUUGUGUUUGAGGAGCCUGAACCGGGAGUUACUAUUAUCAAGCUGACGCAUACUGAUGUGCCUGAAGAAGACCGCUACGGGAAUGCCACUGUGGUGGAGAACACGGAAAGGGGAUGGCGGGAUCUUAUUUUCCAAAGGAUACGUGCACUUUUUGGUUUUGGAAUUUGAGGUUUUCCAAAUAGUUUUUCAUGUGUUGUAGAAUUGAAGGAAUUUGAUAUUUUUAAGAUUAAUGGAUUUGAUACUGGAUAUUGUGAACAGCAUUGGUCGUGGUUAGUUAUUGAAAGAGUGUCUUCUGAGAUACUUUAUGCCUCUAUAUUUUCUUCAAUACUUCAUGCAUCUGCCUCUGUGCAAUAGGAUGUUUCUUGCUCUAUCGAUGUAUUGUGUAGUUUGAAUGUGAUUCGUCAUUGGUGUGGUUACUUGUUCAUGUUGGCAUGCAUUGAAUCAGUUGAAAAGUCACCUUGCUUUAAACGACGUCUCGCCCUGUGCAGAAGUAGAGGGGAUUAUUUGAUUAUAGGGUAAAUUUCCCCGGCUACAUGUUUUUAAUUCCUAUUUAUGUAACUUGCGCAUAAAAUCUUAGCGGAGAUUCUUGGAUUAUCACUAUUUGAGACAAUGGAGUUAACCUUUUUGCGACUUGGAUGGUACCUACCAUGAACUUGGAAAUGAAGUCCUAUUGUUUGUACUCUGCUGGAAAUGAGUGUCUGGAUCAUUUUGAGAAUGGGGUGUUGUACUGUUUUUUGCGUGGAUUAUUUUUAGAUCGUUGUGAUACCAUUUAGGCCAAAGAGAUUAGAUGAUUUAGCUAUGCUUCCAUGUCAGUUUGGUGGGGUUCCGUUUUCUCGUUGUCUUUUAUGUUUCCUUGGUGGAUAGGGAAACAUUAGAAUGCCUGCAUAUCAGCAUUUUCAAGUCAGAGGCUCGUUCUUAGCUAAUGUGAGUUCUGUCGCAUUUGGGUAUACACUAGGCGCUCAACCUCUUACGUGGGUUGUAUUUGGAAGGUAUUUGAGUCAUUCUUAAUCAGGAUCAGUCACUCUCAGUGAUCAGGAGAAUUAAGUCAAAAUUGGCACCUACGGAUAUUCUGAUGACAUUUACUUGAUUCUGUCAGUAUGGUGCUGAUGUAGUGGAAGCUGACACAGCUUUUUUUGGACAAUGUACCUACAUCAUUUCUAAAAUAAGAAAUAAUUCAGGACAUGAAGGGAAUUAGAAAUAUAGCCAUGGAUACAAAUUAUAU